UUUCAGAGCAGACGGAAAAGAUAUCUCUAAGUAGUUAUGCUAAAAAGCAUGUUAGGUAUGGAAGUAUGAAUAAAGAAAGUGGACUAAAGAAUGAACGGUAUAUAAAACACAUUGUACAGCCGGGUGAUACAUUACAAGGCCUCGCACUUCGUUAUGGUGUAACUAUGGAGCAAAUAAAAAGAGAAAAUAAAAUGUGGACCACAGAUAGUUUAUUCUUGCGCUCAACAUUAAAUAUUCCUGUUGAUUCUGAAGCUGAAGUGUUUACUGUAUCUUCCAUAUCUUCUGCUUCCCAGUCACCUCAGCUGUCUCCUGUGAAACAUACUGAAAAUGGGGAUAGUUUAACAAACUGUCAGACUAUUGGCAUAUCAAAUCAAUUAAAUACUACUAUUAGUGACAAUGGUAUUGCAAGUUUAGAACGUGAAGAAAGUGCAGCUGACUUUUUGAUACGUAUAGAUAGUCAUAUUGCACAAACAAAAGACAAAGUUUUGAAAUUACAAAAUAAAGUUGUGUAUUCAGAAGAUGAUCUUCACAACUCUAGAGAUGGAUUCUCAUCUCGCUUGAGUUAUCAGUAUAAGAGAAAUAGUUUAACUGGCUCUUCAUCUCUCAGUAAUCUCAAUGUUGAUCCAUCCUUAACGCCUCAGGCAGUGGUUAUGACCAAGGGACGCAAAGUUAGGUCUUCCUUGAAAAAAUUAGAAAAGCAACAAGAUGAAAUAUUUGAGUUAUAACUAAGGUAUUGUAAGCUGUAUGGAAUUAAAAGUGAUUCACUUGGAAUUAGUGGCCAUCUUCUUAACUUAGAAAUAAUAAUCUAGACUAUAAACAUAUACAGAAAUUUUCUGUGCUUUAUUAACAGCUGCUGAAGGUGUAAGGUGAUAUUACUUAUAUAGUUUCAUGUGAAAAUAUAUGUGGUCAUUGUAAUUAAACAUAUAUCAUCAAAUCAUCUAAAAUGUAAAUGUGUCAGUGUACAGCAUCAUAUUUUAUUGUUAGAAAUUCUAUUGAGAUGCUUGAAGUGUUAUGCUUGUGAAAGUAAUAUAUGAAUGUAUUUAAAACAGUGGAUACAUACACAAUAUCAAUAUAUAUAUAUAUAUAUAUAUCUGUGUGUGUAUGUAUUGUAAUACAUAUGUAUUAUUUGAAAUAAAAGUGCAAUAUUAUUGCAAUAUGAUAUAUUCUACAUUGUUUGAAAGGUGGUUCACCCUGUUAUUAGUAAUCAAGCAUAUGUUAAAAAUUCAUUGCAAGUAAUUAAGAUUAAAUAAAUCAAUGAAAGUAGUUAUGUUAUCUGAGCAAUAUUGUGUUAUGCAUUCCCAAAGUGUUAACAGCAAAAAUGUAUACUAUAUAAAAGCAUGGCACUUUGAACAGAGUAAUUCAUGGCUUUCCUGUAAAAUGAAUUUCUUCUAUAUGCAUACCUGAUUACUUAAAAUUCCAUUCUUAAGCUAUGCUUUUGUACCUAACAGAAUUAAGCUUUUAGAAAUUUAAUUAAAAUCUUGCAAAUGAAUGUUAUUUCUAUAAUAUUAAAUUUUAUGCAUGCAUAAAUUUGUUUUAUAAUAAUAAUUUUGUAUGUCUUUAAAACAA